AUGUUGCCCUGGAAGGCGCUCCUGUCCCGUGGAGAUGCGGGGAGUAGCCCUGUUUCUUCACCCUUUCCUCCUGCAGCACCGGCGGCGGCGGCGGCGGCGGCUCUGGAGGACAACCACGAUGAGCUCGUGGCAAUAUGCGACCGGAGGACGCUCUACCUCGUGAACAUCUUCCUCGGCAGCUCCGCCAAUUUCCUCAAUUCCUUCGCCGCUGUCUGCGAGGAUAAGCUCGCCGACGUUCACAGGUGAUGAAGUUUCCUUAUUCCAUCUUUUUUGUGUGACGCCGUCCGUGAUUUUUCCCCUAUGUAUCACGAUUUUAGGAGAAUUUUGAGGGUGGAUUCGACGCUGCGGAUUCUAGAGGCUAAGCUGUGCAGCGCAUCGAAGAAUAGCGGACAUGCGGGAAGAAAGGAAGACGGGAAAUCAGAAUUGGAGUGCCACCGUCGUCCCUCUUCCUUGGCUCCCAAAACAGCACCUUCGUCUCCACCUCUUCAUCUUACCGAUCUGCAAGAUGCGAGUUCCAGCGAUCUACAAAUCCAGGAGACCUCAAUUUCUACAACAGGGCGACGCUAA